CGAGCGCGUGGUAGCCACAUCCCACCCAAUCCUUUGGCCCCACGGUCUACCUCCCUACUAUCGGCCCUUGUGAAUGAGGGGUUUAGAGAACUUAACAUCUGGUACGACGGGUCGACUGAACCCUCUCGACAUCUGAGGAGUUUUGAAAACAUGGCGGUAUUGCACCGCUACAAUGAUCCUGUUCAAUGUCGAGCAUUCCUGACGACUCUGCGAGGACCUGCGCAAGACUGGUUUCAUCAAUUGCCCCCGGGAGCCGUCAGGGACUUUGACGGAUUUAGUUCAAGUUUCCUGAAUCAAUUCGCAAGUGUAAAGGCCCAAGAAAAGUCUUACCUUACCCUGAUAGGCAUGCAACAGAAAGAAGGAGAAUCAUUGAGGGAUUACGUGGCAAGAUACACUCGAGCAUGUGUCGACGUCCCCUCAGCCACUGAGGAAAUCAAAUCGGGGGGACUCACUAGAGGACUCCUCCCGGGAUUGUGCAGAAAUUCCUUGGUAAAACGACUCGGGAGGACGUUUGAUGAGGUCCUAGGAAGGUGCGCCAAAUACAUGAAUGUCAAGGAAGCCGAAGCCGACUUUUUGCAAGCGGCUAAAGCAAAGACUGAAUCCAGGGACGAGAAGAAGGAUAAGAAACCAAUCACGUCGGGAGAAAGGAAAGGAUCCCCGAAGUCAGAAAGGGAGGGGCGAUCAAGGGGAUGGAGGACAACUCAAUAUACCCCCCUGUUGGCUUCGAAUACAAGGAUAUUGGAGAGAAGCAAGAGCCCUCGCAAGAGAGCGAGGACACCCGACAAGGAGGAGCUCCCUCAGAAAAGAGGAAUAAUUUAUAUGAUAUUCGGAGGACCGACUGAUGGAGAUUCAAACCGGGCCAGAAAGGCAUAUGCUCGAGGCCGCCACGGAAAAAUUGAAAUGCAACAGGUUGAGGAAAACGGUCCAGUGAUGAAUUUUGGGCCAGCAAACAUGGGGGAGGUCGAGAGACCUCACAAUGAUGCUCUAAUGAUCACUGCUCAAAUAUCAGGCUAUGAAGUGCAGAGGAUCUUUGUCGACACGGGAAGCUCAGUGAAUGUGAUCUUUUACAAUUGUCUUAAACGGAUAGAACUCGACAUCGAGCUUGCACCCCUGCACACCUCACUUUUUGGAUUUAAUGGAUCGGAAGUCACACCCCUAGAAGAAACCAUGCUCGUUGUCGUCCUCGGGGAAGACGACUUGAGGAAAGUAAAGAUGGUGCGAUUUGUUGUAGUCGACGUCGAGUCGGCUUAUAAUGUGAUUCUAGGAAGGCCAGCGCUCAACGCAUUCCAGGCG